AUGGAGGGGACGCACAUCCAAUCCGACGAAUGGACCUUCGAUUGGACAGAUAAAGAAAAGGAUGCUACGGAAAUUGUGCGGAGCAUCGGCAAAGACCGCGUGUUUGUUGCUUUUGGUGGAAACACGCGCGUUGCGGUGGCACGGGAUAUCAUUACCUUGGCCGAAGAGUCCGUGGCGCUCAUCGGCCCCGCUCCCGCCGCGGCACCCUCCCCGGCUCCUGCGCAGCGGCGGUGGCCGGGCGGGCCCAUGCCAUCGAGGAGGCAGCGGCGGCGCGGGCCGCGGGCAGCGCGCGCGCCAGCCUACUGCGCCGCGGCGGCUUUCAGCGAUUUCGCUUUAUCUAAUCGGCGGAUGAUAAAGCGCGAGGCGGCUCGCCUCGCCCGCGGCGCCGCUGCAGCGCCGCAACGCUGCAGAGCUGCACUCGCCCCGGCGGGCGGCUCCGCUCCGCGCGCACCGCCGCCCCAUCGCUUCAUUAUUUCU